AAUAGAAAUCAAUACGAUAAUGAUAUUUCUACUUGGAGUCCCCAAGGUCGUAUCUAUCAAGUAGAAUAUGCCUUGGAAGCUGUGAAACAAGGGUCUGCAGCUGUUGGUUUGCGCUCAAAGACCCAUGCUAUACUGCUGGCAUUAAAGAGAUCUUCAGGCGAACUCGCCUCAUAUCAAAACAAAUUAAUUCGCGUGGAUGAUCAUAUAGGCAUAGCAAUUGCUGGAUUGACUUCGGAUGCUCGGGUGUUAAGCAAUUUCAUGCGUACAGAGGCUAUGAAGUCUAAGAUUAUGUAUAACCGACCUUUACCCCUGUAUCGAAUCGUUUCGGCAAUCGGUGAUAAGGCUCAAGUAAAUACGCAGAAUUAUGGUCGUCGACCGUAUGGCGUUGGCCUUUUGGUCAUUGGAAUCGAUGAAACUGGUCCACAUUUAUAUGAAACUUCUCCAUCUGGCAACUUUCUCGAAUAUUAUGCCAUUUCAAUCGGAGGUCGAUCGCAAUCAGCGAAAACUUAUCUCGAAAAUCAUUAUGAAUCAUUUGCUGAUGCCGAUGUUGAUGAACUUAUCGUACAUGGGCUCCAUGCACUUCACGCAACGUUGCAGCAAGACAAGGAACUAAACACACUCAACUGCUCGAUUGGUAUUGUUGGUCAAGAUCAAAAGUUCGAAUUGAUCCAAGGUGAUGCUCUGCAACGUUAUUUGGAUAUGCUUGGACCGCAAGGAACUGAUGAUCAAGCUACCGCCGCUAGUCAAGGAGAGGCUCCCAUGGAUACUGAAUAA